AUGGCUAUUGAGACUCAACAUUUCCCUGUUAUUACAGUGAAUCAAGCUGGCCCCAAUGUUGACAGGCCUUUCCCUGUUAUUACAGUGAAUCACGCUGGUCCCAAUGUUGACAGACCUUUCCCUGGUAUUACAGUGAAUCAUGCUGGUCCCAAUGUUGACAGACCUUUCCCUGGCAUUACAGUGAAUCAUGCUGGUCCCAAUGUUGGCAGGCCUUUCCCUGGUAUUACAGUGAAUCAUGCUGGUCCCAAUGUUGACAGGCCUUUCCCUGGUAUUACAGUGAAUCAAGCUGGUCCCAAUGUUGACAGACCUUUCCCUGGUAUUACAGUGAAUCAUGCUGGUCCCAAUGUUGACAGGCCUUUCCCUGGUAUUACAGUGAAUCAAGCUGGUCCCAAUGUUGACAGACCUUUCCCUGGUAUUACAGUGAAUCAUGCUGGUCCCAAUGUUGACAGGCCUUUCCCUGGUAUUACAGUGAAUCAUACUGGUCCCAAUGUUGGCAGGCCUUUCCCUGGUAUCACAGUGAAUCAUGCUGGUCCCAAUGUUGACAGGCCUUUCCCUGGUAUUACAGUGAAUCAUGCUGGUCCCAAUGUUGACAUGCCUUUCCCUGGUGAAGCAAUGAAUCACAUCAAAUCUCUGAAAUUGAGUUCGUCCAAUGUCUGA